AUGGCAUCGGAAAAAGUUUAUGAAGCAUUAGUGGAUCUCUUGCAUCAACAAGAUCGUAGACUUCAACUGUUGGAGCACACAUUGAAGGAAACCGUAUCUACCAAUCCAUCAUCAGUGUCCAACAGUAGUGAAUUGAUCAUCGAGGCUUUGGCAAACAGCAUAAAGGAAUUUUCAUACGAUCCAGAAGACCACAACACGUUUGACAAGUGGUACAAUCGAUAUGAAGACACCUUUAUCGCAGCCAAGACUCAAAUCAAUGAGGAUGCACAAAUCAGACUUCUGUUGCGGAAACUCGAUCAUCCAUCUCAUACAAAAUAUGUCAACUAUAUACUGCCCCGUACAGUGAAAGAUUUCAACUUCGAAGAGACCGUGAAGAAACUCAAGGCGAUAUUAUGUCCACAGACAUCAAUUUUCAACCGACGUUUCAAUUGUCUUCAAAUGAAGAAGAAAGAUUCAGACGAUUUUGUAACAUAUGCAGGGAAAGUGAAUCGAAACAUAGAAGACUUCAUUUUCUCCGAGCUGGGUGUCGAACAAUUUAAAUGUUUAAUCUUUAUAUCAGGACUUCAAUCACACAAGGACAGUGACAUCCGUGCUAGAUUAUUACGUAGAUUAGAUACUCACACUACCGAAAAUCCUAUUGAGCUACAUCAUUUGGUUCAGGAGUGCCAGAAGAUGAUUGCAUUGAAACAAGAUACGGCACUGGUAGAAAACAAAAAUCCAGUUGUCUCUAAGGUAGAAUACAAGAAACAUCCGCAUCCACGUAAUAACAAUAAGCAACCAACUGCGACGGAUUUACCGAAAUAUCCAUGUUGGAAAUGUGGUGGAAUGCAUUUUGUGAAAUCGUGUGAAUUUAUCAAACACACAUGCACGGAUUGUAAGGGUGUAGGCCAUAAGGAAGGUUAUUGCAAGAGCGGUAAACAGAACAAUUCUCAGCAGGGGUAUAAAUCGAAUCCCAAAGCAGGGAAAGGCAAAUCUGUCGCUCAAACCAAACACGUAAGCAUUCCCAAUGUUCAUAAAGUGAAUUUCCAACAUAAAAGAAAGUAUGCUACCGUACAUAUUAAUGGUAAAAUGACGAAGCUUCAAUUGGAUACCGCAUCAGAUAUCACCAUUAUAUCAUCAGAUAUUUGGAAACAAAUUGAUGUACCAAUAACUGAACACACGUCAUUUCAAGCGAAAAAUGCAUCAGGAGAUCCUCUAGAGAUAAUUGGCAGUUUCUAUUGUGACAUAACUCUCAACGAGAUCACAAAGAAAGGCAAAUGCUAUGUCACUUCUAUUCCUGAACUCAAUUUGCUUGGUAUCGAUUGGAUGGAUUUAUUCGAUCUCUGGUCUCAGCCAUUAAAUACUGUAUGCAGUGCGGUAACAACAGAUGAGGAAGUUCCUCAUGAGUAUAUCAACAUAUUGGCUCAACAGUUCCCAGACGUAUUUUCAAAGCAGCUUGGCCUCUGCACAAAAACCAAAGUUAAAUUACAUGUCCUGCCAGGAACAAAGCCAACUUACAUAUCUAAACGACCUGUAUCUUAUUCAGCAUUGCCAUUAGUAGAUCAGGAAUUAAAACGUUUAGAAGAAAUGAGCAUCAUUGAAAAGGUUCACUCUGGGCGACACCGAUUGUCGUUGUACACAAAUCAAAUGGAAAAAUCCGAAUAUGUGCAGAUUAUUCCACGGGCUUAA